ACUUUCUCAGUUACCAUUCUAGUCUUUCAUUUCAGCGUUCGAAUAAUGAAUUCUGUUCUCACCAUCAUCGUGGUUAUUGCUGUGGCGAGCUUUGGUCAGGUUUACGGUAACAAAGAAUGCAAAGACUACAUCAUGAAAAUAAAAGAAGAGUUCGAAGCUAUAAACAGAGAAAAAUCUCUCCCUUGCGUUGAAGAAACCAUGCCUGAAGAUGUCUUCGGAAUAGAGGACGAAGAAGAGAGACUGAAAGCAAUAAAAGAUCAUUUUCAUGGUCUCGAUGAUGAAGGAAAAGAUUCUUUGAAAAAAUGCUGGAUGACGAUGAAAGAUAAAGCUAUUGAAAAACAUGGCGAGCCACCUGAAGGCUGCGAAGAGAAAAUAAAGAAAUGGAUUAAACAAAUACAUAAGAAGGACUAGAACUGCUCUAGAUAAUGUGAACAAGUGGGCUUCUUCUUUUCUGCAGGACGAAUGAUGUUCACAUAAGUGCUUCAAAAUAAAAAUAAAUGCACAUUAAAUUCUAAAAAUGCAAUAAAAAAUAAUUCAUAUGAAUGCAACAGAAA